AUGAAUGGGGAAGUCUCAAGAAUCAGUCGCUGAGAUGUCAACCGUUUGCGGAGAGUUUUCGGAGAACGCAUGGAAGAAAGAUCUGUGCAAGAACUGUCAGAGGUCCAGAGCAGAACACACAGCCAGCAAAGAUGGCGGCACUAAGGGAGGUAAGCCUGUUCCGACCAAAGCAAAGCGGACUUCCAUUACCCAGCCUCCAGAUGGUAAAGUUACGUCUUCAUCCGCCUUAAGUAUCAGCAAGAAGAUGUCUCCUAGUGCAGACAAACAAUCCUCAGGGAAUGUCAAGUCCCAGAAUUCCCAGAGUUUGGCAAAAUCUGAAAAAAAGUCUGUGGAGACGAGUAAGGACGGCACUCACAAGUCUGAACCAACACCCCGUCAACGAAGCUCAGAAAACUUGAAAAAAGCAAAAGACAAUGCCGGCAAACAACCAUUGGCAGGUUUGACUAAAAAUGGAUUAAGACAGCCUGAUAAAAGGAUAAUCGAACAAAGUGAGAAGGCUUCCGUUAAAUCUUCAUCAGAAAAAUCAAAAGUGUCAUCAAAAAAGCCUGAAUCUCAGUCAUCCAAAGCAAAACCUGAACCUGGAAAAAAUGAGGGUAAUGAUUCUUCAGAACCAAAAAGUGCUCUGAAGAAAUCACCGAAGAAAAUGGUAAAAAGUGCUAAAGUUAUCUUCCUUGAGAACGACCCUGAGAUUAUUGGCUACAAUGGAGGUGAAGAUAAUGAACCUCCAGAGGAAGGAAGUGAAUCUGGGUCAGUUUCGGCAGGAGACAAUGAUACUUGCUUGACGGAAGAGGAAAAGCAGUUUUCAUUGCUCUCCUUAGAAAACACGCGCUGGAAUGCUGAUGUUAAAAAUCUUAAAAUGGAUUCCCCAUUGGAAGAAAAAAUGAAACGAGUUGCAAGCAAAGAAUUUGAGGAUGCCGAAUUGGAGUCGCUAUGGAAACCUGACAGAUUCCCUGCGUUAAAAGAUUGUGAUUCAGGGAAGUUGAAAGUUGGAACAUAUCCACAGGCGAAGAAGUCACAGCUUCGAGCAUCGCUGGAAGAUGUGUUCGGUGAGGAACAGACAGAAAGAUGCUCCUCAGAGACAGAAGUGUCGUCAAACAGAGUGAGUCGCUUGUCCUCGGAACCUCCGGAGGGCUACAAGUCCCCUUCAUCAAGUCGAGAAGUUUCUCCUGCUCUGGAUGCCACUGGUGCAAGAGUUGAGUCGCUGGCGUCGUCCAGAACGUCUUCGGUUUCAGAUGUUGAUGUUCCUGUGGAAGCGUUCAAAGUUAAGAAGGAUAAGAAACCGCGCGUGGCGUCAGCAUACAAAGUUGUAGAUAUAAAUCCAGAGCCUGUUGUCAAACCGUAUGGUAUUGUGGAUGUGUCAUCGGGGGAGGUUCCAGAAUCUUACCCACCCCCGGAGUUACCCUCCACCCCGGCGCCGACAAGGUCGCGGCGUUCCUCAGAGCGAACGUCCCCUGCCCGAUCGUCUUUGGCUGGAGACGCCGUCUCUGUAUCAAGUAAUUGCUCUUCUGAACAUGACAAUGUCAGUGAGUCGGGAACGUUAGGAAGACGCUCUCGGAAGGAAUCAAGCACGGGGGCGGAGCCUCAGGCUGAAAUGUCCAUAACUUUGCAAAUGCUGAGCGACAAAUCAAAUGACGCAGAACUGAAGGCUGCCAUAAAGCUCCUGGAUGAAGUCUGGAAGGACGAAGAGACGGAACCUGAAACCGUGACUAAACACAGCGAGGAAGGUACCCCUCAGAAAAGCCCCAAACCCGAACACGUGCCAAAAGCAGCCAAGCGUGGGUCAGUCAUGACGGAAUCCAUGACGGAGGCUGAAACCAGCGCAAAUACUCAACCAGCCAAGGGAACAACUGACGCCACUUCUAGUCAGGAGGAAGCAUUCCAGCGGACUGAUUCAGGAAGGGCUUCUAAAGGCAAAUCACAUGCAUUUGAAGCCAAAAUGGCAUCCAUUGCAGCUAAUCUAGACUUGAACAAGCAAAACUUGAAGGGAAAACGCCCUGCCCCGCAACCCCCGAAUUCCCCACCUCCGGAACCCCCAGGAGAGCCUGUGAAAUCUCCAAAUAAGGUGACGUCACAGACACCAGAUCCCACAUUCAGAUUCGUCAAAGUGGGGAUGAUUCCAAACUCCUCAAGGCCAACAUCACCAACACCUGAAGACGAAGAAGCUCCAGAAGAAGAUGUUCAGGCAGAACCCCGUGACCUGGAUUCACCCAAAUUGUCCUCCAAGGCAAAUAACGAAGCUCGAAAGAGCGGAUUGAUGUCAUUUUUCUCAAAAUUUCUCCGCAGAGGGAAAGAAAGCGAAGGCAAUGGUGAGACUAUCACUGUUACAGCCAUGGAGGACACAAUCAAAUUUGUAGAUAAGAACGCUGUGGCAGACGAAACAAAUGGUGACCAGGUUUCCUUGGCUGAGUCUUCUACAGACGAUGUGCUAGAAUCAUCUGAUACCAAAAAUGGCAAAGUUACGAAUCCAACAAAACCAAAAGUGUCGCCUACUCCAAUGAAAUAUGCCAUUAGUGAUAUCAUGGAGGAAAUAUAUGGAAAAAACCAAGACGAGUUUAGUCAACAAGAGGGCGAAGCAAAGGUAGAUAAGUCUACCACUGAACCUGACAUUCCUGCGUGUAUGUCGAAAUCAGUGAAUUUUGAAGACAAUAAGAUUCCGGAAAUUAUGUCUAUGAGUUUGACCUCUUUUCCUACCACAUCAAACCCGGGACAUUCUUCCCUCAAGAAAGAGGACAAUCCCAAAAGAGGGUUAGCAUCUCCAAAGCGCAGUGGUGACGGUUGUCGUAGAGAUUUCAAACUCGACACUUCAAAACAAAGCCAGAAAUCUCCAGACAUAUCACAGGUGCGUCGCAGAGUCAAGAGCCCAACAAAGCGUGAAGCACCAAGACCUGUGACAGCAUCCAAAGCCUUGGAAACCAAAAAUCCUCUGUUUGCCAAAGAGCUGGAGCUACGUCUGAGCAAGGGCGGCAUGGAAGGUAAACCUGGGAAGGCGGCAAAAUCCAUUGAGCCAAAGAAACUUCCUGCCCCAGAGCCUCCAACGUCACCAAAGUCUCCAACACCCUCGACCAAUGAGGUGAAGAAAGAUGGUCACCAUGACGACAGACCAACCAGCAUGCCCCCGGCCCCUCCCCCUGCUGUUCAGGACCAGGAGCUUUACCUUCCACCUUGGGAGUCACGUGUCUGUGAGAAAAUCGAACUGCCUUGUCAGAAAGGUAGGCGGAGCAUUCUGGGAAGGAUCGGAGGUCCACGGAAAUCCCGCCCCCCAGCACCGCCUCCCCCGGGACCUGUGAAGGCAUCUGUGAAGAGGGCCAAGUCGAUUACAGAGUCGUCCCUUCCCGCCGAGACGAAGAAGAUAGACAGGUCUGACAUCUCUGGACCAAUCCUUAUCCAGGGCAUGACCUCCACGAAUAGCACAACUAAGGCGGUGACCCGGCGGAACACGAUCACCCUCGGAGAUGACAGCUCGUAUGCGUCAGGCGGAUCCAGUUCUCAAGACAGUGGGUCAGGGUCCAUCGGAAGUAAGCGUAGUUAUGACGACCCACCAGAACCUCCAUCUUUGUCUCCGCUGGGUUCUUUGGAAAAUUUGUACGAGCCGAUUGGUCCACGCAGUCAGUCAAUGAGCAUGAGUUUAGAGGGGUAUUUGGAGCCCGUGGUUGCCUCAGCGGGAGAACAAGGGGCGACCGUAACGCAGGCUGCUGUGCAAAAGGAAGAGAAAGUCGAAUCUCCAAAGAAAGUGUUGUCGUUGGAAGAAGAGAGAGAACUCUUUUUGGCAUCGCAGCCAAUCUACGAGGAAAUUCCGAACGGUGAUGUAAAACGUGAAGAGCUCUAUCCAGAGAUAAAGAUCAAACCAAACAAAACCAAACCCAAACCAGAACUCCAGAAGCAGACAUCAUCGCCAGCGAUGGUGCAAGAAACUGUUCGUGAGGCAGUCAUAGCCGAGAUGCCUCAUGUCGUCAAUGAGAGACCUCCCUCACAACCGUCAUCCCGUGAAGGCACGCCCAAACCGGCAAUAAGAAGCCAGACUUUACCACGCCCGGCACCAAGGACAAAGUGCGGAGAGAAACUUAGCCCCGAAAUCGCCGGCCCGAAUUCUUUCCCACUUCAAGGGCCUCCACCAGCCACUGGGCCUCCACCGGCCACAGGACCACCGGGCCAAGGGAGGCCCAAGCCUGUUCCCAGACGGAAACCACAGGUUCUUGCCAAACCAACAGCAGCAAGGAAAUCGACGGUUGAACAGUAUGUGGCAAUGAACCGUCCUGGAUGUGCCUCCAAGAACUAUUCGCUGGAGUGCUUGCGGGAAAACUUCAACAAGAUCACAGGUGCAAAUUUCGAAUCCUUGCAAGAGAUUUUAAAAGACACGGAGUCGGAUCUGUUGAACAACAAUCCUGUUGUUCGAGGGACGCUUCGCUGGACUCACUUUCGACUGUGUUCAGACAGUCCUCUGUUUACAUCAAACAAAUGUGUUGUGUACCAAGCUACUCUCCCGGAGCUCAAGUCUGAUACAACCAUAUUCCAACUCAUGAUAUUCCCUAAAUCUCAGCACGAGAAUUCACAAGCCUUGGCACACGUUAACUGGUUAAACAUCCUCGCAGCGUUCACAGACAACAUUCCAGUGAAGUUUCUCUCAGAGAGUCUCCUUCAGGUCUGGAAGCUGCCCCGGGAAAUGACCAAUCAGGAUCAAGGUGGACGGGUCAAAGUUCACAUUGUGGUGACACGCUACCAUACCUACGAGUUUCUCAACGAUUAUUUCUACUCUCUUCAGGAGAGCAUGCAAGUGACGAGUGAUGACUACUACCAGCAUUUUGUCUUCGUGCUAGUUCAGUGCUUCCGUGCGUUCUUGUUUGCAUUGGAGCGCGGGUAUUCGCUGUCAAACAUUGGGCUACAGGAUAUGAACAUUGUCUCUGCAAUUGGCAUGUCGGGAAAGUUCAUCAGCAUUUGGCCCAAAUUGAAGGCACAUGAAAACGGAUCGCCAGACGACAGCAUUUGCGGAAACGCGAAACGUAUCAUGCAGGAGAUGAUCCUAUCAUUCACAUGCAUUGAGCAGAAGUUUCCGCCGCGAUUUGAGUCAGCCAUGGACCGUGUGACGGAACUGCUUCAUCAGGAGCACACAGAGUGUCUGUCCAUCGCACGUGCCGUCUUGGAAUUCAGUCUCUGGGGACCAGAGAUGAAGGCGCUAGAAGACAUUAUGAACUCUAAUGCCCAAGAACAAGCAUUCGACAUGUGGUUGGAAGUUCAGAGGGCCUCCUUGAUCAACAAAUUAGCACGAAUGUCUGCUCGAAGCACACAGUCAAGAUCUGUUGAUGAUUUGUACAAGAUGAAAUUUCUACUGAAAUCAAAUGGUGCCAGCAUGGCUGAAGUUGCUAAGCAACUGUGGAAAAGAUAAUAAUCUUCCAGAUCUGUGUAUAAAGUGUGCGAUCUGAGAACUGAACAAGUGUGCGAUCUGAGAACUGUACAGUGUGUGAUCUGAGAACUGGACAAGCGUGCGAUCUGAGAAUUGCAUAAGUGUGGUCUGAGAACUAUACAGUAUGCGAUCUGACAACUGGACAAGUGUGCGAUCUGAGAAUUGCACAAGUGUGGUCUGAGAACUGUAUGGUAUGCAAUCUGAGAACUGUACAGUGUGCGAUCUGAGAACUGUACAGUGGGCGAUCUGAGAACUGCACAAGUGUGGUCUGAGAAUUGCACAAGUAUGGUCUGAGAACUGUACAGUGUGCUAUCUGAGAACUGUACAGUGUGCGAUCUGAGAACUGUACAGUGUGCAAUCUGAGAAUUGCACAAGUAUGGUCUGAGAACUGUACAGUGUGCGGUCUGAGAACUGGACCAAUGUGCGAUCUGAGAACUCUACAGUGGGCGAUCUGAGAAAUGUACAGUGUGCGAUCUGAGAACUGGACAAGUGUUGCUCAUUCAAGGGGCUAGUUCCUGUAUACUGUAAAUGAUGUGUGGGGGGUUUUGACCAAAGCACAAAGUAAUCAGACAUGAGGAAAUGUGUGGGUUCCUCUUUUCCAAUAUGAACACUCAAAACUUGCUCAUCUUAGACCAAAUCACCUUGACAAUACCUUGAGCUUGUAAUCUGAUUGGCUGGCUGAAAUGUGCAGCUGAGAUGGUAUUCCUAAUUUGUGAGGAAGAAAUGUGUCACACAUAUGUAAAUCAUCUUUGGAAUUGACCAAUCAGCAUUGCUGUAACAUGCAUGUAUCCCAGCUUUGUGCUGAUAGAAUGUGCGUAUUUUUUUUUGGUGUCUUCAUGAUACACGCUUAGUUUUGGAUGGAUGACUCUUCUGCUGCUCAGAUACACACGUGAUUGGUCAUCUGCUGCUCACACACACGUGGUUGGUCAAGUUUUUAAUGACCUGGUCAUUUUUGAAAAACUGUCUCCAGUUGGUGCAUUCUGUGUGUGUGUCCAUUAAUAUCAACCCCCUCUUUCAAGCCAGGAAGUGUGAAAGAAGCCUGUUUGGAAGGCAAACAUUUUUGGCAUGCAUUUAUUAUGUAAGGGUGUGUUAGAUCUUUUGAAAUGGCAGUAAUACAAGUACAUCCUUUAAGAUAAUCAGCAUGCAUGAACUCUCCUGUAGACUAUGAGGUCAUAAAGGUUCUGUUUCGUUUCAGUUUGAGGUAUAUGAGAUGCACAUGUAGACAGUACAGGGUGUUAAUGCCCACCUCUUUUAGAAAGGAGAUAACAAAUUGUCCACCUCUUGUAAUAGGAGAUGUAACAGUUGUACAUUGUUUAAGGACGCAGAAACAAUUGGAAACAACCUUUUUUUCUUUUUUAAAAGGGAGAGAACUCUGUGGUCUACCUUAGUGUUGUUGUACAGAAGAAAAACUGGUUGAUAGUAGGUCAUAAUGAAGACGACAGUUUAAAUAAAUUUUUGAACAAGGUGUCGGUUUAUUCCCAGCCCUCCUCGAGAUUGCCCUGCACCCGGUGCCUCUGAGAUAAGCAGUCAGUAAUAUCUAGGGUACCAUUGAUUUCGUCAUACACCCACUGGCUCUGAGAUCAGGGGGUAAUAAACAGUCAGUAAUAUCUAGGGUACCAUUGAUUUCGUCAUACACCCACUGGCUCUGAGAUCAGGGGGUAAUAAACAGUCAGUAAUAUCUGGGGUACCAUUGAUUUGGUCAUAUGCCCACUGGCUCUGAGAUCAGGGGGUAAUAAACAGUCAGUAAUAUCUGGGGUACCACUGACUUGGUCAUAUGCCCACUGGCUCUGAGAUCAGGGGGUAAUAAACAGUCAGUAAUAUCUGGGGUACCAUUGACUUGGUCUUACGCCCACUGCCUCUGAGAUCAGGGGGUAAUAAACAGUCAGUAAUAUCUGGGGUACCAUUGAUUUGGUCAUAUGCCCACUGGCUCUGAGAUCAGGGGGUAAUAAACAGUCAGUAAUAUCUGGGGUACCAUUGGCU